CCAUGUUUUUAUUAUCUUAGCACCGGUCUCUCGUGUUUGUCCUCUCUCAUGCCACCACCCACCUCUCUCUUUCUUAGCAGCCAGCUUCACCCCUAACAGAUGACAUGUUGUGCUCCCAGAAAGUCAAGCAUUUCUGCAUCAAGUCGAUCUAGGACAGAAGCUACCUAGCUAUGGAUAGCAAGAUACCUGUUGGCUGUUGCUAUUAGCCUGCAGUGUUUUGCCUGGCGCUGUGGCGCAUGCAUUAGCUAGCUGGCUCUGGCUUUUUCUUCCAUCGUCGUCUCCUUAUAAUAACCUGAUCCGACCCUCGCCUCAGAUCUCAGCUCGGCACGCAGCGGCACAAGCAGCUUCUCUCGCACUCAUCAUCAUCCCCAGUCGUCGUCUUCCUUGGGCAGGAGUGGCCAUAUAAGGAAUUGAAGAAGCUAGGCAGCAUGGAAACGGUGGUGACGACGACGUCGACUAGCAAGGUCGGGAGGAAGAGCCUGAUAUCAAGAACCCUGCAGCGGUGCAAGUCCGGGCUGAGCAACGGUGGCGGCUCUGGCCGGGCGUCGCCGGCGGGGUGCUUCUCGGUGUACGUGGGCACCGAGCGGGAGCGGUUCGUGGUGCGCGCCGAGUGCGCCAACCACCCGCUGUUCCGGCGCCUCCUCGACGACGCCGAGCGCGAGUACGGGUACGCGGCGCAGGGCCCGCUGGCGCUGCCCGGCUGCGACGUCGACGCCUUCCUCGACGUGCUGUGGCAGAUGGAGAACGACGACGACGACACCGACGGCGGCGGCGGUCAGCAGUUCGCCGCCGCCGCCUCGUCGCCGAUAUGCGGCUUGCAUAGCGGCAGCAAGGGCCGCGCGGCCGGGUACCGGAUGCUGAGCCCGAGGUCGUCGUCGCCGGUGGUCAGCAGGAGGAGGUGAUGAGACCGAGCAGAAAGAAAGAAAAAUAAUCGAGCAUGCACUCGAUCAUGCGCAUGGGAUUAACUUCGAUGCUAAUCGUGAUUAGAGAGCUAGUCUUUUGCUGAAUUAACCUCUAUUGCUAUGUAUGAACAAAGUCAUGCAUAGUAGUGGCUUUCUGCCUUUCUGGUCAUAGUCAGGUGGUUUUACCAAUUUUCAGUUAGGCUGGAAAAAGCUCACCAUGUGCACGUACGUGUGCAGCGAGAUCAGCUCAUCCAGUUGCAUCGAUCAACUCUCUUGCUCAUGUACACAAGUUUCUAUCAUUAGUCUCAAGUGAUACAGGUUUAGUUUAGAUCAGUAGCUAGGUUUCUACAUGUAUAGAGUUGAAAAAACUUUCAAUUCUAUGUGUAUGUAAUAUGUAUGUGCUGAAUCAGUUAUACUUCAAAGAGAAUCAAUCUUUUUUUCCUUGUCA